GUCACAUUCGCCGCUAGGGAUGAAAUCACUUGUUGGUUGCAUUCUCUGGGAAGGUCCCUUUGCCUCUGCAGUGUGUCUUGCUACAACUGGCUGACUGCACUACCAGGAAGAUGACGUCCAUGGAGGUGGAGGCCGGCCCGUCGACAUCGGCCGGCCGGCCGGCUGCCGUGAUGGCGGCGGCCGGCACCAGCCCGAGCGUCACGGUGCAGCUGCACCCGCUGGUCAUCCUCAACAUCUCGGAGCACUGGACGCGCAUCCGCGCCCAGCAGGCGGCGCCGCGCCAGGUGCUGGGCGCGCUCAUCGGCCAGCAGAAGGGCCGCAACGUCGAGAUCAUGAACUCGUUCGAGCUGGUGUUCGACACUGUCGAUGGCCAGAUCGUGGUCGACACCGACUACUAUGCCAUGAAGGAGGAGCAGUUCAAGCAGGUGUUCGAGCACAUGGACCUGGUGGGCUGGUACACGACCGGUGGCGCGCCGGACGCCUCCGACAUAAGCGUGCAUAAGCAGGUGUGCAAGCUGAACGAGAGCGCGCUGCUGGUCAAGCUGAACCCGCAGGCCAGCUGCAGUGAGCUUCCCAUCACGGUGCUGGAGUCUGUUAUGGAUAUCGUGGACGGGGACGCGCAGAUGCUGCUACUCGAGACCGGCUACACGCUGGCCACCGAGGAGGCGGAACGCAUCGGUGUUGACCACGUGGCGCGUGUGACCACCAGCGAGUCGGGCGACAAGUCGGUGGUGGCCGAGAGCCUAGUGCCACACCACGGCGCGCUCAAGAUGCUCCGCAGCCGCGUCAGCAUCAUCGUUCGAUAUAUCAAGGCCAUGCAGGCGGGCCAGGUGCCCGUCAACUACGACAUCCUGCGCGAGGCGUACAGCAUCAGUCACCGGCUUCCGGUGCUGGAGUCGUCGCAGUUUACGCAGGACCUCUUCACGCAGAUGAACGACGUCACGCUGAUGACGUACCUGGGCGCGCUCACCAAGGGCUGCGACACGACGCUGCAGUACGUCAACAAAUUCAACACGCUUCAUGACAAGCAGGGUGUGGGCCGGCGCAUGCGCGGAAUGUUCUUCUGAUAGCUGAUGCGUGCGGAGGCGAAUCGCGUGCUGCGUGUGCUGCAUGCUGGAGCGCGGAGCGGCGGCGCCGUCGGCAGGUGGCGCAUGGACGCUGCUGUGCUGCCCUGUGUUGGUGCGCGGCGCGCCUGUGCCCGAUGCCCCGCCGCCGUGCCGGCCGGCCGGCGGUGGUCGGGACGCUCUGGCUGCCGUGCUCGUGACCUCCGCCCGUGACGCAUCCGUGUGACGCAGCGGCGUGCGCGCGACGUCGGCGUCGGAGGUAUCUUGGCGCGUGGUUGGCCCACUCGUCCUCAACUGACGCGUCGGUGGAGUUCCGUUCCGAGGGAGUCUCCAAUAGAAUGCGUUGCUUAGGGCUUUGACCACGCGAUGGUGCGCUUUGCAUUGAGCAGUCAGUGGAUGAUGCCAGGCUGAUCUGGACUGAUGUCAUCUCGUCCGGCUUGGUAAUGGAGUGGAAGUGACUCAGUUCAGUUCACGCUGAAAUGAAACACACCUGUCUGUGGAAAAUGUAACCUACUUGUGUUUUGCCGUCUGAACCAAGCAGCUGGCUGAUAUAUACCUUCGGUGGCCAA